AUGGCGGAAGAGGACCGCGUCGAUGUCUCCAAGGAAGUCAAUCCACCGGCCCCGGCACAUUCUCAGCCGCCCCUGACGCGUGCUCCACCACCUUUGACUCCCGCGGGCGUACUUCCGGCGUAUUCGGGCGCCCCUUCUACGCAUCUCCCGCCCCCAACGUCUUCAGGGGCGCUUCUUCUGCGAGCCUCACUAACGUCGCCCGCCUCCGACGACCACGCCCGCAUCGCAGCACUUAAGGGCACGAUCAACCAGUUAGCUGCAAGCAUGACCACCAACAUGGCGGAACUAUUCGCCCUACUCAGGGGACCGAACCGCGCAUCCUCAAGCUCUACACCACCUCCGGGACAAGGACCAACGGUCGACCCAACGUCUUGGAUUCCGCCAACCCAAGUUCCGGAAAGCACUGAUGCUCCCGCACUGCCAACGACGCACACGGCCGCGGCCCACCCAUUUACCAUCCCCUUUCCACCACCACCGGCCCCCGCAGCCGUCCCUCUACCACCGACAGCGUUCCUCACUUCGGAUCAGGCCAUGUCUGCACCCCCACCUGUUCCCAUGCCGGCCCCAGCCGCAGUCUAUACCACCCCUCCGUCGAUGGUUUUUCUAGCGCCAAGCGCACCUACUCCAACUCACCCUCAAGUUGCGGAACUCCCUCCUACCCGCCUCUACAACCUCACACCAACUUCCCCUACCAAGCACCGCCGCCCAUAA